CCACUUGCUUUGGUUUACCUAAUUAGUAUAUCCACAACUAUAAAUAGCCCUAACAUUCCCAAUGUGUUACAACACCAAAAAUACUACACAAACAUUAACUUUGCUAUUUUGGUCCUAUUUUUUCUAAGUAUGGUUAAGGUGAAAGCUUUAUCCUUUCUUGUUUUGCUUGUUCUUUCAAGCUUUGUUGUGUUGUGUGAAAGUAGAGUGGCAAGAAUGGAUUUAGGAUUGGAUUUGGGUGGUGUAGGGGUUGGUCUUGGGAUCGGGUUAGGGUUAGGGUUAGGUGGUGGUGGAAGUGGUUCAGGUGCCGGUGCAGGAGCUGGUUCAGGUUCAGGAUCGAGUUCAAGUUCAAGUUCAAGCUCGAGUUCUAGUUCAUCUUCGUCAGGAGGAGAAGGAGGCAGUGGUUCCGAGGCGGGCUCAUCUGCAGGGUCAUACGCUGGAUCAAGGGCCGGUUCUGGAUCUGGAAACCGAGGUAGUGGUGGUAGUGGAUAUGGAGGUGGAUAUGGUGGAGGACAUGGUGGAGGAAAUGGUGGAAAUUAAAUAAAAUGCAUGCAUGCAUGUCAUUUUAUAAUAAAUAAUAAACAUUAUGGUAAAGUCUUUAUGUACUUUCUACAACUUGUUUAAUCAUUGUAAUUUGUGUUUUAAUAUUUAAUUAAGUGAAAGGAAUUAUAUAUGUUUGGUUUUUAAAAUAUAUGUUAUUAUGUA